GCAGAGCGGCCAUGGCGUGUCAAGUGGCGGUGUCCCCGUCCAGGUCCUCCUUCGCCAUGCUCACCGGCGUUACGGCUGGCUCUCGAAAGCUCGCUGCGGCCGCCACCGCUGGAAAUCGUAGUAGGGUUGAAAUCCCAGAGAAAGUCAACGUUCCUCGGCACAGACACGCGGAAGUCACGCACACCCUCCCGCCGCAGAAGCUCGAGAUCUUCAAAACCCUUGAGAAAUGGGCGGAAUCCGACCUCCUCCCCCACCUGAAGCCCGUCGAUGACUGCUGGCAGCCGCAGGACUUCCUUCCCGACCCCACCUCCGAGAGCUUCCACGACGAGGUGGCGGAGCUCCGCCGCCGCUCCCGCGACCUCCCUGACGACUACCUCGUCUGCCUCGUGGGCGACCUGGUCACAGAGGAGGCGCUCCCCACCUACCAGACCUUCCUGAACAACCUCGACGGCAUCCGCGACGAGACGGGGGCCAGCCUCACGCCAUGGGCCGUCUGGACCAGGGCCUGGACGGCGGAGGAGAACCGCCACGGCGAUCUCCUCAACAAGUACCUGUACCUCACCGGCCGCGUCGACAUGAGGAAGAUCGAGAAGACGAUUCAGUACCUGACGCGUGCCGGAAUGGAUUUCCGGACGGAGAACAGCCCGUACAGCGGUUUCAUCUACACGUCGUUCCAGGAGCGGGCCACGUCCAUCUCCCACGGCAACACGGCGCGGCUGGCGAAGGCGCACGGCGACGCGGAGCUGGCUCGGAUCUGCGGCACCAUCGCGGCGGACGAGAAGCGGCACGAGGCGGCCUACGCCAAGAUCGUCGAGAAGCUGUUCGAGGUGGACCCGGACGGAACCGUCCUGGCCUUCGCUGACCGGAUGAGGAAGAAGGUCUCCAUGCCGGCAUGCCUCAUGUUCGACGGCCGCGACGGCGACCUCUUCGCGCACUUCUCGGCGGUGGCACAGCGGGUGGGCGUGUACACCGCCAAGGACUACGCCGACAUUCUCCAGUUCCUCAUCCGGCGGUGGAAGGUGGAGGAGCUGCCGGGGCUGUCGCCGGAGGGGAGGGCGGCGCAGGAAUUCUUGUGCGGCCUGGCUCCAAAGAUCAGGAGGGUGGAGGAGAGGGCGCAGGCGAAGGCCAAGUCCAAGGGCGCGGCGGCGGCGGCGCGCGGCAUCGCAUUUAGUUGGAUCUUUGACAGGGAAGUGCAGCUCUAGUCCACCGUCAUAUCAUUAAGCGUGUUAUAUUAAUUGUCCAAAUUUCACUUUGCCUCCUAAAGUUUAUAUCUUGUUCAAA